CCCUUAUCGAGAAUGAUUCGUGGCAGUAUAGAUUUUAUGCCAUGACUUUCUCAUUUAAUUUCUGAUAACUUUUACCAAGCAAGGCUGUUUGCAGUAAUGACAUGAGCCUUUUCUGUAAACAUCACAUUGCAAUGAACGCUUUUCAUCAUUAUUUUAAGAAUCUUUCGCAAAGUAACAGCCUGCUUGAUUAGAUGUGCGCCGAGAAUGAUUUAUGCGUUUAUGGUGUAUGUUGAUGAUAAAAGGAGCACCUAUCAUUAUAUUUGCUGAGCGCUGAUAAAUUUACCAGGUCAAUCUUUAGCGGGAGACUAGGCCAUAAAGUGGUCCAAUUCAAAAGAGGAGAAACAUGAAUUCAACAUUUUCAAUGGAUACACCUAUUCCGACGAGACUAACCACCAUGGAAAAUUUGACAAAUUUGACAACCAUCUCGACGAGUCUAACCACCUUGGCGAAUUCCACAGCCUCCACGAUGAUUAAUUCAAGUAUUUCGACGAGUCCAAAAACCUUGUUGAAUUCCACAACCAUUUCGAUAAUGAAUUCAACCAUCUCGACUAUCAACUCGACGACCAACUUGAAUACAACGAGCAGUGUUGGUUUAUCAUCGUCUGUUCAAUACGUUCCACUUGAUUACCACGAGGCUCUUGACCUCGUGAACGCCUCUUUGCUGUGUGCCACGAGCAUCCAGAGAUUCGUUGAACCGAAUGACACGUGGUUCUUUAUCAGCAUUUUCCUCUACGUCACUCUUUCUCUGAUGUCAGGCCUAUACUCUGCCCUCACUACGAGCUUUUUCUCCUUGGAUCUGACCCGUCUGGAGCUCUGCAUCCGCCAGGGGUCCGCCAGGGAGCGCCUCUACGCCUACCGGGUCAUCCCCCUACUCAAGAGCCCUCACAUGCUCCUCGUCACCCUCAACAUCGGGAGCGUUGCCGCCAUCGUAUGCCUUCCCAUUCUCCUCAACUUCAUCGUCAGACCAGUGUUCUCCAUCCUCCUCUCCUCGUUUGUCGUCUUCUUCUUCAACAAAGUACUUCCUCAGGCGAUUGGUGAGAGGCAUGGCCUAGCUCUAGCUGGAAUCAUGACGUGGUUUGUUUAUCUCUCAAUGUUCCUGUUCUUCAUCGUGGCAUGGCCCGUUGCGUUUCUUCUUUCUAUCUUCCUGGGAACGAGAAAGGAGAGAUUCUACCAGAGAUCAGAACUCAUUGCUCUAAUGGAACUUCAGAUGACGUCACCAGACGCUGCGGCUGAGAAAAAGAAUUUGAGUCCGGAUGAGGUGCUCAUCAUAAAGGGCGCAUUGGAUGCGGGUAGGAAGGUUGCCAUGGAUGCAAUGAUACCACUGAAUGAGGUUCCUCCUCAGUUUCCAUUGGUGAACUUCUCUCACGUGACCGCCCGCAAAGACCAGAAUGCAAACACAUUCGGUGACCCGAAUACGACGAAUUUUUUCGAAGACGAGUUUGAGGAUCGAGGGGUAAUGUCAGACACGGACUCAGGGGGUCGCCAGCCCCUCCAUGCAGUCGCUUCAAACACACCCCUCUAUGAUAUCCUGGAUGAGAUGAAUAUCGGAUGCUAUCGUGUAGCGGCUGUGUAUGAUAAUGUGACUGGGGUUGUCAGGGGAAUUCUAACCCUGCAGAAUGUGUUGGAUGUAAUUCUUGGACAGAGUCGUUCGUCAAUUCGCCGAGACUCUAGAAAAAUGACAAUCAAGAAAAUGAAAUUGGUCCAGUCCCGACGCCAGCUCGCCAUUGAUCGACGCUUAUCCCUCCCUGAAGAUACUUUCAAAUAUGUGAAACUUCGACUUCCUGGAGAAAGCCCUUUGAUCUCUUGACAACAUCGCAGAUUAAUCUACACAUCAGGAACUGACAAGUGCCCAUUUGGAAUGACCACAGACUCAACGUUGAGGGCUUGUGCUGACAAUUACGUGUGGACGGUUCAAGAACUCAAUAAGUGUAUAAUGAAAAUAAUGCCCGUCAAAUGAUAAUGAACAAUUUAAUUUGAUUUGACUUUAUUUUACAUAUUUCACAAGUACAAUAAAAAAAAUAUGAAAACAAUAUCAGAAAACUCAUGAGAAUAGAAACCAGACAAGGCAUAACAAUUAAUUC